AUUUUCAGAAGAAGCGGUCUGACCAGUGUCCGUCUUCGAGAUACCAGAUCCAGCGAUGGAGACUUAGGACGGCCAGGAAGGAACGCCGGAGAACCCAGCCUAUCCCAGACAAUCCGUCGCCCCCACCCCUCCUCUUUAUCCUUCCCUCCUUCCUCUUUUCUGCCCCCCCCCCUCUCCUACUCUCCUAAUUUCUCCUCCUUCCGUUCCACAAAAAAAUCCCCCACCUUCCCUCCAGGACUUCAAAGAUGGAGUCCUUCGCCAGCGUCGAACUUGAGGAUUACUUCAACGAGGUCCGGACCAUCAGCCGUAGGACAUCACAGUCGAACUCCCAGUCAGAAGAGGAAGUCCGGAGCCACGAAGAUGACGGCGAAUCCGACGAGCACUUCCUCGAGGAGCUUGGGAUCCCCGUCAAGCAGGACUCGGAGCUCUCGGAGGACAACAUCACCUACAGCAAGUUCAUGGGCACGCUCAACCCCCGGCAGGAGGAAGCCCUGAAGCGCCGCGUCCGCACCCUCAACGCCACCAUCAGACGCAAGAAGCAGAGACAGAAGCCCGACAUCAGGAACUUCUUCGCCAACACGGAUAACUCGAGCACGGGCACCCGCAGCCGCAGCGCCACCCCGGACUCGCUGGACUCGGUCUCGCCCCCCGCACCCGCCCGACCCGCACCCGAAGUCGUGGGUCGACCCGAGUCACCAUGGUGUCAGCAGGAGGUACUCGCCCCGAGCGACUCUGCUACGAGACGCUUGGGUCAGUGUGCUUUUUGCCGGGUGGUCGAAGCAUGGAAUGUCAUAUGGAAUAAAGAAGAGACUAGGUCUCCCCAGUGGCAGGACGACCGACCGCUGCACAUGUACCGCGCCCCCUCGCUCGACAUGCUGCCCAAGGUGGGGACGGGCCACCUCUCGUCGGGCAAGGAACUCCGAAGACAGAGGUCCUACGCCAGGGACAUCGCCAGGGACGUCAAGAGCUUCCACUCCAAGCAGGGGCAGUACGAAUUCUACCCGAAGACCAUGCACGAUGAGUCCGACCCUUCUUUCGUCCCCAGCCGAGAUCCAGGUGCUGGGGUAUCGGUACAUCGGCUCCGUGCACAUCCCCCACGCGCGCUGCAAGGACAAGAGCCGCCACUGGAGUCAGCGUCUACUACGAGGACGGUGCAGGAUCUCGAGUCGAUUCCGGAUUCUCCCCGUAGGAUGUCUGCUGAACUGCGGAAGUCUCACUCCAUCAGCCGCCCGAGGGAAUCACGCGAGCUGAGGGACAUCCGGGAACAGAGGGAGAACCGAGAGAAUCGAGAGAACCGAGAGAACCGAGAGAACCGAGAGAACCGAGAGAACCGGCCCCGGUCGGCCUCCAGCACCGACCUCGGCUUUAAGGUCAUCUACUCGAAGCCCGACGAGGAGUUCCCGGACUUGGUGGUCGAGACGAGUCGCUGCGGCCAGACUCGCAUGGACUGGCUGGAUGAGUCCGACCUGGGCAGACUCACCUCCCUCGCCCUCCUGGAGCUCGACAUCCUGUUCACGGAGCACAACAUCCACCACCGUUGGAGAAAGCUCAAGAAGAGGAAGCAAAACAAAGAAGAAAGUGGCGUGUUCGGCGUCCGUCUCGACAGCCUGAUAGAGAGAGACAGAAGCUUUUUGGAGGAGUCUCCCCUUGAGACUAAAGUGCCUUUGGUGUUUUAUAAGUUGGCUCUGCAGUUGGAACGCCAGGGCCUACGUCAGGAAGGCAUCAUGAGAGUGCCCGGACACAGGUCCCAGAUCGAGCAGCUGCGGCGGGCGUUGGACACCCACUUCUACACCUCCCCGGGCACCGCUGACUCCGCCCUCAGGAACGCCACGCCCAACGAUGUGGCCGCCCUCAUCAAGACCUUCCUGAGGGAGCUUCCGCAGCCCCUCCUCACCCACACGUACAUGCCGGCCUUCUACAAGACGCAUCGUAAGAAUCAGGACAUGGGCGAGCGAAUCCUGGCCCUGACGAUGCUGAUCCUCCUGUUGCCCUCGUCCCACCGAGACACCCUCCACGCCGUCCUCGAGCUGUGUGCCCGAGUGGUAGCCUUUGAGGACGAGAACAAGAUGACCCUCUACAACAUCGCCAUGAUCGUGGCGCCCAACCUCUUCCUGCCCAGCAACCAGCGCCAAACUAAACCUUAG